AACGCGAUUAGAGAAAAUGUUUACAUUUCUUUCAAUGGCAUCAUUAUCAAACUAAACUGAUUGUAAGCAGUACACAAAUUAUAGUUAGUCAGUACAUCUAUAACUUGGUUGUCUGAGCCACGUAAACUAGGGUCUGACGACCAGAAAAUUGGCUUGCCAUUAUUAGCUUGAACCUAACACCUUGGAGAUGAAAGUGGUUUGUGGCAAAAACUCUCUUCUUCGUCGUUUUUAAUCGUGUUGAUCAGAAUUCAAUCGCCUGGACAAAAAUGCAGCUCAGUCGAGUUAUCUUAAACUUGAUUUUAAUUCUCGCAGAAUACGCUCGUAAUGUCUUCUCAAAAGUUGCCUCGGAUAAGUUUCUGGAAGAAAAUGGGAUAAUUGCAACUCUAGACGGCUAUUACCCUAAAUGUCCGGGGUGUGUCCUGUUUCAUAAGGAACAUCUACUUGUCUACGGCAAGUUUCAUGUCCCAAACGACAAAUUACAUUUGAUAGGUGGCUUUAAUGGUCUCUACGUGGAAAUCUGUUGGGGGGAUAUCAAAAAUGAGCCAUGCUCAGACCCUAAAACAAGUUGGUAUCCGUAUUGCGAAUUCUCUGAGGCACUAUUUAAAGAAUGCAACGCUACAAAUAUAAGAACAAAAAGUAAAGAUCUUUGCUACUGUGAAGACAGCCGACCAAAGCGUUGGAACGCUUUGCUUUUGAACUCGUUGUUUACUUUGGAAGAUAUGGCCGUGCGCUUCACGUUUCACUAUCGUGGCAUUUGGGAGCCGGUUACAAAUAAAGCAACACUGAACAUCACAGAUCUCAUCAAACUUGGCCAUAUUGUUCACAAUCGUGUCUUAUCUCCUGGUCAAAAAAUUGAGCAAGCCCGGUAUAUCAGGACUUAUUCGGUGGCUGCGUCUACGUCUUUUGCUUUAUGUUCAGUGACAGUAGAUCUUCUACUGGAUAUGGUGUCAGUGGCUUUUGCCUACGCUGUUGUUGGAUUCGUCCUUUCCUAGGCCUAGGAGUGGUUAUUCAAUGUCCAAUUUAAGGAGUGGUUUUUCAAAGCCCAUUUUACUCCUUCAUAAUUUGUUAAGAUGA